CCAUGCAACGAACGCCCCCCUCGACGCCAUGCCCAACACGGUGAAGCCUGCGUUCCUGGUCGCCGCCCAUGUCACCAAAGUCGCCCAUGUGCUCGCCCUCACGGUGUUCGUCCUCGUGCUCGCGUGGGUUCUGCACUUCCGAGGCGGCGCCGCCAGGCUGCACUCGGAUGACCCCAAUCUCAUCUUCAAUGUGCAUCCUCUUGUGAUGUGUAUGGGGUUCAUUCUGGUGAUCGGAGAAGGUAUCAUGGCUUACAAGACAAUCCCAGCUCGGAAGGAAACACAGAAGUCUGUCCACCUGAUGCUUCAUCUAGUUGCACUGGUCCUCGGAAUCCUUGGCAUCUAUGCUGCCUUCAAGUACCACAGCGCCAACACCAUGCCCGACAUGUUAAGCUUGCAUUCCUGGUUGGGCAUGUGCACCAUCUGCUUAUUCGGCUUGCAGUGGCUGUUCGGGUUCGUGAACUUCUGGUUUCUGAAAGCGUCGGAGCCGACGAGAAUAUUGCUGCUCCCAUUGCAUGUUUCUGCCGGGCUAGCAAUCUUUCUAUUGACGGUGUGCACGGCGGAGACGGGAUUUGUGCAGAUCGAUGCAGCGCCGGGAGCAGAAUCUCGAUUGAUCAACUUCACUGGCCUAUUCAUCCUGCUGUUUGCUGUGGCCGUGAGCAUUUCAGUGGCCCUUCCCAGGGUGUCCAUUUAGACCUUGAUAUGCUAGAGAUGUUUGAGUAUUAUUUGCCUUGUGUUUUCUCUCUAUUUUUGAUGUCAUUGGAGCGAGAAAGAGCGAGUGUGCAGUAUGUUUCUAUGGUUUGCCUAUUCAACUAGCUGAAUAAAACAAGACAUGAGAAUGCUGAUUCUUUACCGCCUA